AUGAGGCUGGUCUCUGCUCAGUUUGGACUAUUGAUGGUUUGGAUCAUUGGCUCCUGGGGUUGGUUGAGUAACAAAUGCAUCCUCUAUGACAAGUCAAUCAGUCACUGGGUUACCCCUCACAGCUACUGCUCACAUGUCUGCGACCUCAAACUCAACCUCUCCAUCAUCCCAUCUCACUACCAGUUCCUCUGGCUCAACGUCAGGAGUGGAUCUGUCCUGCAGUCUGGAGCCCUCUCUAGGUUCUAUCCUCUACUGACACUUUCUAUAAAGGGCUGUCUGCCGACCAUUCUCCCUGGCACCUUCAAGGGGCUCUCCUGUGUGAAGAAAUUGUCUUUGUCCUGCAGUAAGUUCAUCACUUCCAAUUCAUCACUUCCAUCCAACACAUUUACUGACCUGACUAGCUUGGAGGAACUGGAAAUGAUAACUACAGGCUUUCUGUGAUGGCACCGGACGCAUUGGGAGGGAUCCCUCUUCUGAAAAAACUCUCAGUCUACAGCGGCACAGAGGAAUUGUCUGAUUUUGUUAUGUAGGAUAGUCAAUAUGUCACAGUCAUUAACUAACCUGUACUUUAGGUCAGAGGAGAUAGCCAUUUUAAGACACCAGAACUGCUCUGACACGAACGGAGCUGUUCUUGAGCUUCCUCAAUUCUAUAGUCUUCAAUAAGUUAUUUUUUCUUUCCCUAAUGCACGCCAGUUAGAAAAUGGAGCAUUUAGAUGCUUCGAAAACAUCUCAUUGCUCACUUUGCCCAAUGAGCUACAGACACAGCUUAUGCAGUCUGGAAUUUGGAGACUGCUUGAAUUACAUUUUUUCAAUGAGAAAAGCAUUUCCUUUGAGUCUGUUUGUAAAACAGUUUUGAGACUUUCGAUUACAAAACUUGAUAUAUGAAAACAUGAAACUGGGAACUACUCAGCGUCUGCAGUGAGAAACUGUCAGGGGGUUCAGGUGCUUAGCAUCUACUUUCCUGCUGGUGUUAAGGCCAGUGUUAAUCUGAGCUUGAUCCAUGAUUUGAAGAAUCUCACCGAAAAGAGCGUUUCUGUUCAUUUCACUGAUAUCCUCUCUGAGCCCCCUGAUUUAAAUGUGCUUUGUGACACUCAGAAGAGUCCUGUCACAUGGUUGAAACAAAUUCAAAUCCCAAACAUCACCUCAGAGCAGUUCUGUUGCUUGAUCAAUCUGAAAUGGCUGGAUUUAAGAUUCAAUUAUAUCACCACUAUUGUGGACUUUACAUUUAAGGGACUUGGUGAAUUGAGGUUCCUAAACCUAGGGAGUAACAACAUCUCUCAGAUUACAGAGAACAGUUUCUUUGGCCUGCAAAGUUUAGAGAUUUUAACACUGUUCAAUAAUCCAAUCAUGCAAAUUGCAGCAUUUGCGUUCAUCCACCUCACUUCGUUGACAAAUUUAGAUUUAGGGUACAUUCACCAUCCAUCCAGCCAGUGGGAGAAACAUGUGAGUGUGAAUCUGACGCACAUAUUCGGUUGAGUCUUCCCUCAAGCGCUGACUCACAUGAAUAUAAGCUCCUGGUGUCCUCUCAACAUCACCGUCGGCAGCGACAGCACCCCAAAACCAGGCUUCACCCUGCAGCUCUUCACUCCAUUGAAUGUGAUCUUCCAGGACUGCUGGAGACCAUUCUUCCAGUCUGUUGUCAACCUCAGGGCUGUAACAGGACAUCUUCUGUGUGGGUCUCACUUCGUCGCAAAGUACUUCCUCUCUCCGCAGGAGUUUGAGUUUGAGUUGGUUCUCUCACCAGACUUUGUGAGAGAACCAACUGUGGACAUGACUAACCUGAACAGGCUUGUGCAGCUGAGGCAUCUGAAGCUGACAGGAGUGGACCUCAUCGUGCAGCCAGCGCUGGGCAUCAUGUUCCACAACCUAACCAGGCUGGAGAGCCUGAGCCUAAUGGAAUGUAGGAUCCUCCCUCUGGAGGAGGAGCUGAGCAGAGACCUGCACUCCCUCAUUUUGAUUCAAGUCCAAGCCCGAGAGGAGUUUAGCAUGUUAGAGAGCUUUCCAGAGCCUCUGACCAGCCUGAGGUAUAUGGAGUUAUUCAGUCCUCGCCUGCACUGCAGCUGUGACAACGCCUGGCUGGACAACUGGGCCAGGAGACAGAGACAAGUCCAGGUAUUUUUUUGGCUAAAGGGGGAGUUGGAGUUGACAUGCAAAAAUGAAGACUGUUCCCUGGACAUGGGCUUUGUCCUGUUCCUCUGCACCUCCCUGGGCCUGCUCCUCUUCAUGCUGGCUGUGCUGCUCCAUCAGCUGGCCGGGGACUACCUACUGGCCUUCUGCCACCCACAUCACACGUGGCUGGCUGGAAGAGGCCGUGCGGAGGCCCAACCCCAGGGGUCAUCACCGCUUCGAUGCCUUUGUGUCUUACAGCGGGAGAGACGAGAACUGGGUGGUGGAGCAGCUGUUGCCGGGCCUGGAGCAGAGGGGGCCUCCCUUCCUUUCUCUCUGUCUACACAGCAGGGACUUCCAGCUGGGGAAGGACAUCGUGGACAACAUCAUAGACAGCCUCUACGGCAGCCGCCACACCAUGUGUGUGGGGAGUCAUCACUACCUGCGCAGUAACUGGUGCUCCCUGGAGCUGCGGCUGGCCACCCUGUGUCUGCUGGUGGACCACAGGGAUAACCUCAUCCUGGUCUUCCUGGAGGAGUCACUGUCAAUAAUGGCUGAUUCCUGGCUGUGAAACCCACCCUCCGAGGGUGUCUCAGGGGGAGUGGGAUAUGCAAAAAACUAAUUUCCAAUUCACAUGCGCACAGUGCCUUCAGAAAGUAUUAAUACCCCUUGACUUAUUCCACAUUUUGUUGUGUUACAGCCUGAAUUACAAAUUUAUUCAAUUGUUUUUUUUCGCACCCAUAUAGACACAAUAUCCCAUAAUAACAAAGUGAAAACAUGUUUUUAGAAAUGUUUGCAAAUUUACUGAAAAUGAAAUACAGAAAUAUCUAAUUUACUUAAGUAUUCACACCCCUGAGUCAAUACUUUGUAGAAGCACCUUUGGCAGCGAUUACAGCUGUGAGUCUUUCUGUGUAAGGCACUAAGAGCUUUCUACACCUGGAUUGAGCAACAUUUGCCCAUUAUUCUAUUAACAAUUAUUCAAAUUGGUUGUUGAUCAUGCUAGACAACAAUUUUCAGGUCGUGCCAUAUAUUUUCAAGUUGAUUUAAGUCAAAACUGUAAGUCGGCAACUCAGGAACAUUCACUGUCUUCUUGGUAAGCAACUCCAUUGUAGAUUUGACCUUGUGUUUUAGGUUAUUGUCCUGCUGAAAUGUGAAUUCAUCUCCCAGUGUCAGGUGGAAAGCAGACUGAACCAGGUUUUCCUCUAGGAUUUUGCCUGUACUUAACUCCAUUCCGUUUCUUUUUCCCCCCCCCCCCAGUCCUUAAUGAUCACAAGCAUACCCUUAACAUGAUGCAGCCACCACUAUGCUUCAAAAUAUGGAGAGUAGUACUCAGUAAUGUGUUGUAUUGGAUUUGCCCCAAACAUAACACUUGGUAUUGGGCGGCAGGUAGCUUAGUGGUUAAGAGCGUUGUGCCAGUAAUCGAAAGGUCGCUGGUUCUAAUCCCCGAGCCGACUAGGUGAAAAAUCUGUCGAUGUGCCCUUGCGCAAGGCACUUAACCCUAAUUGCUCUGGAUAAGAGCGUCUGCUAAAUGACUAAAAUGUAAAUGUAUUCAGGACAAAAUGUUAAUUGCUUUGCCACAUUUUUUGCAGUAUUACUUUAGUGCCUUGUUGCAAACAGGAUGCAUGUUUUGGAAUAUUUGUAUUCUGUACAGGCUUCCUUAUUUUCACUCUGUCAAUUAGGUUAGUAUUGUGGAGUAACUACGAUGUUGUUUUCUCUUAUCACAGCCUUUAAACUCUAACUGUUUUAAAGUCACCAUUGGCCUCAUGGUGAAAUCCCUGAGCGGUUUCCUUCCUCUCUGGCAACUGAGUUAGGAAGGACGCCUGUAUCUUUGUAGUGACUGGGUGUAUUGACACACCAUCCAAAGUGUAAUUAAUAACUUCACCAUGCUCAAAGGGAUAUUCAAUGUCUGCUUUUGUAUUUUUACCCAUCUACCAAUAGGUGCCAUUCUUUUCGAGGCAUUGGAAAACCUCUCUGGUCUUUGUGGUUGAAUCUGUGUUUGAAAUUCACUGCUCGAUUGAGGGACCUUACAGAUAAUGGUUUGGUUGGGUACAGAGAUGAGGUAGUCAUUCAGAAAUCAUGUUAAACAUUAUUAUUGCACACAGAGUUAGUUCAUACAACUUAUUAUGGGACUUGUUAAGCACAUUUUUACUCCUGAACUUAUUUAAGCUUUCCAUAACAAAGGGGUUGAAUACUUAUUGACUCAAGACAUUUCAGCUUUACAUUUUUUAUUUAUUAAAAAAAUAUUCUACAAACAUAAUUCAAUUUUGGGCCUCCCGAGUGGUGCUAGAGACGUCACUACAGACCUGGGUUCGAUCCCGGGCUGUAUCACAACCGGCCGUGAUCGGGAGUCCCAUAGGACGGCGCACAAUUGGCCCAGCAUCGUCUGGGUUAGGGGAGGGUUUGGCCAGGGGGGCUUUACGCCCAUUGGGGAGUUGCAGCGAUGAGAUAAAAAUACAAUAAAUAAAUAAAACCAUUAUUCCACUUUGACAUUAUAGGAUAUUGCGUGUAGGCCAGUGACAAAAAAACUCAAUUUAAUCUAUUUUAAAUUCAGGCUGUAACACAACAAAAUGUAGAAAAAUUCAAGGGGUGUGAAUACUUUCUGAAGACACUGUAUAAUACACACUUGUACAUACAGUAUGUGAAACAGGACAAAUGUAAGCACCCACCUAAUUAUUAUUUGUAUUAUUAUAAUGACUUAUCAACAAGAUUAUUACUUCCUCCUACGUAACUAACUGUAUCACAACAGAAGUAUUUUACAGAAGAGAAAAUGUUUCUUUUUUCCAUGGUGUUCUGUUCUAUGUUCCUUUUACUGCAACAGCUUUUCCUUUCCUUUAGGUCAUUUUUUCAUUCAACAUUUACAAAUAAAUUGUUCUUGUUUGAUAUUUUGUUCUUGUUGUUGUUGCCGUUUUUACCUUGAAUAAAACUCCCUCUUAGAGGAGGAAAAGUAUGUUUCUUGUGUAACUUGCUCUUUAUUAAAUAUUAUAUUCGUUUAUUGUUAACAAUGAUGUUAUUGAGGAUUGGCCAGUAACACAUGACUUAUAAUAAUUGAACAAGAAAACCUUUAAUGAAUGCCUAACAAAUGUCUAACAUGGCAUAAUUAAGCCCUAUUAACUACUUGUAUACACACUUAUAAACUACAAAUGAGUAGCUAAUAUGUGUACCUUAUAAUAAAGUGUUACCAUGGUCCAUUACUAGGUUCUUUGUUAAUUUAUAUGUUGUGGAGAUGCACGAGUAUUGACUAAUGUGUGGCCCAUUGACAGCUACAGUGCAUUCGGAAAGUAUUCAGACCCCUUGACCUUUCCCACAUUUUGUUACGUUACAGCCUUAUUCUAAAAUGGAUUAAAUUGUUUUCCCCCCUCAUCAAUCUACACACAAUACCCCAUAAUGACAAAGCAAAAACAGGUUUUUAGAAAUUUUAGCAAAUGUAUUACAAAUGAAAAACAGAAAUACCUUAUUUACAUAAGUAUUCAGACCCUUUGCUAUGAAACUCGAAAUUGAGCUCAGAUGCAUCCUGUUCCCAUUGAUCAUCCUUGAGAUGUUUCUACAACGUGAUUGGAGUCCAACUGUGGUAAAUUCAAUUGAUUGGACCUGAUUUGGAAAGGUACACACCUGUCUAUAUAAGGUCUCACAGUUGACAGUGCAUGUUAGAGCAAAAAACCAAACCAUGAGGUCGAAGGAAUUGUCCGUAGAGUGCAGAGACAGGAUUGUGUCGAGGCACAGAUCUGGGGAAGGAUACCAAAACAUUUCUGCAGCAUUGAAGGUCCCCAAGAACACAGUGGCCUCCAUCAUUCUUAAAUGGAAGAAGUUUGGAACCACCAAGACUCUUCCUAGAGCUGGCCACCUGGCUAAACUGAGCAAUCGGGGGAGAAGGGCCUUGGUCAGGGAGGUGACCAAGAACCCGAUGGUCACUCUGACAGAGCUCCAGAGUUUCUCUGUGGAGAUAGGAGAACCUUCCAGAAGGACAACCAUCUCUGCAGCACUCCACCAAUCAGGUCUUUAUGGUAGAGUGGCCAGACGGAAGCUACUCCUCAGUAAAAGGCACAUGACAGCCCGCUUGGGAGUUUGCCAAAAGGCACCUAAAGAACUCUGACCAUGAGAAACAAGAUUCUCUGAUCUGAUGAAACCAAGAUUGAACUCUUUGGCCUGAAUGCCAAGCGUCACAUCUGGAGGAAACCUGGCACCAUCCCUACGGUGAAGCAUGGUGGUGGCAGCAUCAUGUUAUGGGGAUGUUUUUCAGCGGCAGGGACUGGGAGACUAGUCAGGAUCAAGGGAAAGAUGAACAGAGCAAAGUACAGAGAGAUCCUUGAUGAAAACCUGCUCCAGAGAGAGCUCAGGACCUCAGACUGGGGCGAAGGUUCACCUUCCAACAGGACAACAACCCUAAGUACACAGCCAAGACAACGCAGGAGUGGCUUCGGGACAAGUCUCUGAAUGUCCUUGAGUGGCCCAGCCAGAGCCCGGAUUUGAACCUGAUUGAACAUCUCUGGAGAGACCUGAAAGUAGCUGUGCAGUGAUGCUCCCCAUCCAACCUGACAGAGCUUGAGAGGAUCUGCAGAGAAGAAUGGGGGAAACUCCCCAAAUACAGGUGUGCCAAGCUUGUAGCGUCAUACCCAAGAAGACUCUAGGCUGUAAUCGCUGCCAAAGGUGCUUCAAAAAAGUACGGAGUAAAGGGUCUGAAAAUUAGCAAACAUUUCUAAAAACCUGUUUAUGCUUUGUCAUCAUGGGGUAUUGUGUGUAGAUUAAUGAGGGGAAAAAACAAUUUAAUCCAUUUUAGAAUAAGGCUGUAAAGUAACAAAAUGUGGAAAAAGUAAAUGGGUCUGAAUACUUUCCGAAUGCACUGUAUAUGUUUAGACAGAGUAAAAGUACAGUGGUCCAUUGACAGGUCUAAGAUCAGUUCAGAACCACCUCUUCUGUUCCUGGCCAUUGACAGCGCUAUAUGUGUCAAUGGCCAGGAACAGGAACGCUAUAUAGUAUGCUAACUAUUCUAGCUAACUAACUGGCUGAAUAAGUUGACGACGGACUCGCUCAAGCUGUCGGGACUAACCCACAACGUUAGACACGGACACGAAUGAUCUGCUUGGCGUGUUGACACACUGGUGGUUUGUUGUGGCCGAGUAUUGGUGCUAAACCGUGUUGUUGGAGUCCGACAUGCUAGCUGGCUGUGGCGUCUUAUGACUAGGUGCCCUGGACGAUUUUCACGGAAGAAUACUGUACCAAGUUAGCUAGCUGAAUAAACUAAGUUAGUCUAUUCCUAGAAAACAUUGAACCGCUGUAGUUUACAACAAUUAUAGUUCUGAGGUGGAAGUUGGGAGAGUUAUAUUUGGGUGUUGUGGUGAGGGAGGCCCCGCUCUCUCCUUUCCCAGAUGUUUAGUUCAUUUCAUUCCGAUCUCCUUUGCAUUAUUGUAGCCAUUUUCUGUAGCCUGUCAACUAUACCUCUGUCUAUCCCUGUUCUCUCCUCUCCGCACAGGCUAUACAAACGCCUCACACCGCGUGGCUGCUGCCUCUCUAACCUGGUGGUCCCUGCACGCACCACCCAUGUGGAGUUCCAGGUCUCAGGCAGCCUCUGGAACUGCCGUUCUACUGCCAACAAGGCAGAGUUCAUCUCAGCCUAUGCUACCCUCCAGUCCCUCGACUUCUUGGCGCUGACAGAAACAUGGAUUACCACUGAAAACACUGCUACUCUUACUGCUCUCUCCUCGUCUGACCAUGUGUUCUCGCAUACCCCGAGAGCAUUACAUUUACAUUUUAGUAAUUUAGCAGACGCUCUUAUCCAGAGCGACUUACAGGAGCAAUUAGGGUUAAGUGCCUUGCUCAAGGGCACAUCGACUGAUUUUUCACCUAGUCGGCUCGGGGAUUAGAACCAGCGACCUUUCGGUUACUGGCACAACGCUCUUAACCACUAAGCUACCUGCCGCCAUCUGGUCAGCGGGGUGGUGGCACAGGAAUCCUCAUCUCUCCCAAGUGGACAUUCUCUAUUUUUCCCCUGACCCAUCUGUCUAUCUCCUCAUUUGAAUUCCAUGCUGUCACAGUCACUAGCCCAUUUAAGCUUAACAUCCUUGUCAUUUAUCGCCCUCCAGGUUCCCUUGGCGAGUUCAUCAAUGAGCUUGACAAGUUCCUUUCCUGAGGAUGGCUCACCCCUCACAGUUCUCGGGGACUUCAACCUCCCUACGUCUACCUUUGACUCAUUUCUCUCUGCCUCCUUCUUUCCACUCCUCUCCUCUUUUGAUCGCACCCUCUCACCGUCCCCCCCUACUCACAAGGCAGGCAAUACGCUUGACCUCAUCUUUACUAGAUGCUGUUCUUCUACUAAUCUCACUGCAACUCCCCUCCAUGUCUCCGACCACUACUUUGUAUCCUUUUCUCUCUCGCUCUCCUCCAACACUACUCACUCUGCCCCUACUCAGAUGGUAAUGCGCCGUCGCAACCUUCGCUCUCUCUCUCCCGCUACUCUCUCCUCUUCCAUCCUAUCAUCUCUUCCCUCUGCUCAAUCCUUCUACCUCCAAUCUCCUGAUUCUGCCUCCUCAACCCUCCUCUCCUCCCUUUCUGCAUCCUUUGACUCUCUAUGUCCCCUAUCCUCCCGGCCGGCUCGGUCCUCCCCUCCAGCUUCGUGGCUUGAUGACUCAUUGCGAGCUAACAGAACAGGGCUCCGGGCAGCCGAGCGGAAAUGGAGGAAAACUAGACUCCCUGCGGACCUGGCAUCUUUUCACUCCCUCCUCUCUACAUUUUCUUCAUCUGUUUCUGCUGCUAGAGCCACUUUCUAGUACUCUAAAUUCCAAGCAUCUGCCUCUAACCCUAGGCAACUCUUUGCCACCUUCUCCUCCCUGCUGAAUCCUCCUCCCCCUCCCCCCUCCUCCCUCUCUGUGGAUGACUUCGUCAACUAUUUUGAAAAGAAGGUUGACGACAUCCGAUCCUCGUUUGUUAAGUCAAAUGACACUGCUGGUCCUGCUCACACUGCCCUACCCUAUGCUUUGACUUAUUUCUCCCCUCUCUCUCCAGAUAAAAUCUUGCGACUUGUGACGGCCGGCCGCCCAACAACCUGCCCGCUUGACCCUAUCCCCUCCUCUCUUCUCCAGACCAUCUCCGGUAACCUUCUCCCUUACCUCACCUCGCUCAUCAACUCAUCCUUGACCGCUGGCUAUGUCCCUUCCGUCUUCAAGAGAGCGAGAGUUGCACCCCUUCUCAAAAAACCAACACUCAAUCCCUCUGAUGUCAACAACUACAGACCAAUAUCCCUUCUUUCUUUUCUCUCCAAAACUCUUGAGCGUGCCGUCUUUAGCUAACUCUCUUGCUAUCUCUCUCAGAAUGACCUUCUUGAUCCAAACCAGUCAGGUUUCAAGACUGGUCAUUCAACUGAGACUGCUCUUCUCUGUGUCACGGAGGCUCUCCGCACUGCUAAAGCUAACUCUCUCUCCUCUGCUCUUGUCCUUCUAGACCUGUCUGCUGCCUUUCAUACUGUGAACCAUCAGAUCCUCCUCUCCACCCUCUCCAAGCUGGGCAUCUCCGGCGCGGCUCACUCUUGGAUUGCGUCCUACCUGACCGGUCGCUCCUACCAAGUGGCGUGGCGAGAAGCUGUCUCCGCACCACGUGCUCUCACCACUGGUGUCCCCCAGGGCUCAGUUCUAGGCCCUCUCCUAUUCUCGCUAUACACCAAGUCACUUGGCUCUGUCAUAUCCUCACAUGGCCUCUCCUAUCAUUGCUAUUCAGACGACACACAACUAAUAUUCUCCUUUCCCCCUUCUGAUAACCAGGUGGUGAAUCGCAUCUCUGCAUGUCUGGCAGACAUAUCAGUGUGGAUGACAGAUCACCACCUCAAUCUGAACCUUGGGAUAGGAUAAAGUAAUCCUUCUACCCCCCCCACUGCUGAAGUGGUUAUCCCACUGGCUAUAAGGUGAAUGCACCAAUUUGUAAGUCGCUCUGGAUAAGAGCGUCUGCUAAAUGACGUAAAUGUAAAUGUAAAUGUAAAUGCUAUAAAGACAGUAACAGUGCAGUCCAUUGACAGGUCUGAGAUCUGCUCAGGGCCUCACCUCUUCUGCUCGUGCAGCAGGGAGAACAGGGAGCCCCCAGAGACAUAUUGGGUGGCGAUGGCGAACUGGCUGGGGUCGUCCAGACACGCCCCCACAAACUGGAUGACACAGGGGUGGUUGAGACGACACAGGAUGGACACCUCCCUGCAGAACAUGUCCACGUCUGACUUGGAGCAGUACGUGUUGGCCCGAUACCUAUAG